UUUUCAAACUGUGCCUGCAAGCAAGUUAGUUGAGGUUUUCAUCAAAUAAUAUUGUGACAGAAUUUGAUGAAAAAUUGUGAAAAGUUUUCAAACUUUCCUGGAAAAUCUGGAGCAAAUGUGAUGUCAAUUAGGAGAACAUGAUGUGGGAUUUGUGAGAGUUUAGCUAUUUCUAAGAUUUCAAACACUUAAAUAUUACACGUGCUACAUCCUGUAUAAUUUGAAGGAGUGAAACUUGAAAUACUUGUACAUGUAAGUUAGAGUUUUAAGCUAAUUUUGGACAUUGCAAGUUCCUUGAACGUUCUUUAACAUGAACUACUACUUGACAGGAAAUUUAAAUCCUAGUGGGGCUGAUCUUUGUAUUGCAUAUUUUAUAUAAAAAUAAUAGAAACUAAUAAGACAUUUACACAUUUUUUCACCUCUAUGUGUUGACCAUGAUGAUGACAGCGGAUUACAGGAGCUGUAGGUUCGAUACAGCCAUGCAGUUCAGCGCCGGAAACGGAGGACAGGAAGUGUUUGACGGACCGCCCCGAUACAUUGCGGAACUCUCAUAUACAGGCGGCACCGGAAACCGCGAUUAUUUCCCGGCCUCCGGUACCCCUUAUCAACGCUUCCCAGGGAGAUCCUUCGCAGACCACUACCAGUACACAGGAAACUCGAAUAACACAUCGCCACCGAACUUUUACAGCUCACAAAACACAGACUACAAUACAAGAAGUAGUAAAGUGCCUCCUCAGAGUUCUGACAAACAACAGAAGCAGUCGAAGCCGGUGAAAGAUGAUUCGGAGGAAAAAUCGCUUAACGUAAAACCAAGCAUGUCGCCAGAAGCAAAGGACGUUAAAAGUGUUGACCAUUGUUCUGUUAACGAGGAUGAUAUUGACAUUAAACACAACAGUCCACUGUCAUCUUAUGGGGGUUCAUUAAAGGACGAAAUGUCUGACAAGAGUGGGGACGAUAUCAACUCUGCUGACGACAACGAUGAACAUUUAACUCAUGUGCUUGCACCUGGUUACCAUGGUGAAAAUAGACGCUGCCUUUUAUGGGCAUGUAAAGCGUGUAAGCGAAAAAGUGUUCAAAUUGACAGAAGAAAAGCUGCAACAAUGCGUGAACGCAGACGGCUAAGGAAAGUAAACGAAGCGUUUGAGGUGUUGAAGAAAAGGACUUGCCCCAACCCAAACCAGAGGCUGCCGAAGGUAGAGAUUCUACGGAACGCCAUCGAAUAUAUUGAAAGCCUGGAGGACAUGUUGCAUGGCAACCGUCUCGUACGACCUGACGACCACAUAAACGAUUCCGGGUCAAACAACGGUUCUGACUAUAUGGCGGUGAACAGCCCUCACUAUUACCAGGAUAAGCUCCACCACAUGUCCGACAUGGCCGCCUACCAGCACCAUCAGAACGGUUUCAUGGACCAUAGUCAUCACCACCAGCAGCAACAUCAGCAGCAACAACAACAGCAGCAGCAACACAACGGGAAUGUGUCGAGUCUUGACUGCCUGUCUCUCAUUGUUGAGAGUAUAAGCCCCACCACUGGUUCACCAAUGAUGACCUCCAUGGCCCCAGCAGACAGACCUCUGUAAUACGAGUCUAGGCCGACAUUAAAAGUGCUAUGCAAAUGUCGUACUUCCAAAAGACAGAUUAUGUCCAUUUUCUGUAUUGUACUGUUAGGCUAUGUACUUCAAUUACGGAAACUUGUGGCGAUGUCCUUUUUCUGACACUUCGAUGUGCCAAAUUGAAAUAUGAAGUGAUAUCCCUUUCCUCGUGUAUAAUUGUGAUGGUACCCCAUGCUCGUUGGAAUGUCGUGUGUCUGCGGCAUUACGCGGUGGUACGCGUUUUGAAAUAAAACAAACCAUGAUAUUUUGUGACAUCAACACGUACAACUACCGUCUUCAAACUUGCGAUGCAUGAUGCUGGGACUGUGUAUCGAAGGUGUUCUUUUUCAUCCAGACUGAACAGAAUACUAGUGUUCGAAACUCAUGAAUCAAAAGCCAUACUUACAAUGUGUUCAUGAAAAAUGUGCGGGAAAUGGUAUCAAAAUCUUUUUUCUCACAGGAAUCAGAAGUAUUCGGUUUUAUAAUAACUGUAAAUGAGAGAAAUCUCAAGCUUUAAUUGCAAUUAUCUUAGAGUCAGCUCUCCAUAGCAUCUCAGUAGCGUGGGAACGGAGGGGCUAACAAGGAUAUUGCCACUUACUGGCUCGACUUUAUAAGACAAGACCGCCUUGUGUCUGAAACACUGCAGCAAAUUGUGUCAUACUAGACGCUAUAAGCUCAUAGUCGUCCCUGUAAUGUACCAAAGAGUGCAUGGAUGAACUGUUACCUAUCCACUUUUUGCUGGACUAGAAGAGUCGUUUUUGAAAACUAGUAUAUUCGUCUACAAAAUCUAACUUUUUUGUUCUUCUUUGAAGAUAGAAGCGAUUUUCCGUAGAAGUUUUGUCAACGUAUGAUCUCAAUAUAAAAUGAGUCGUCUGUUUCUUUCUCAAUUAUUCAACGUCCAUGUAAAAUUGCAUUUUAUAAAAUAGUCUAUGUUUUAAAUUUACUUUAAACAUUAAAUCAAUAAGUUGUAUCAAACUUUGCCAAUGAAUUGCUUUUUUACUUAUGCUAAAC